AUGUGUUACCGCGAAUUUUCUGGCUGGACAAUUAAAAGUUUAGUUGAACAAGUGUUGCACCGAAAAGAACUGGCACUCAAAACAAGAGAAAGCGAUUUAGCAAGUCAUGCGUAGAUGAAUAUCUACCAGCAGCAACAGCUAUUACUACAAACAGGAAAAUGCAAGGAAUACGUGAUCAGUCCCCGCAACAACAGCUGCAGCAACAGAACCGAAUGUAAUGGGUUUGUUGCAGAAAGUUACGACACGGCAAUAAUUGUCACAAAAGGUGUGGAGAAAAAUGUUUUAUCUGCGUUUAAUUUAUUUAGGGACAUUAAGGCAGCAAAACUAGAUUUGAUACUAUGAUGAUGAAAUUCAAAGUCCUUGCAGACACUCUGAGGCAAGCAUCUGCUCAGACUGUUGAUAGUGAAGCUUAUGAAGAAUUCCAGACUAUCAACAUGGUCUUGUUCGUAUCAGAGGAGCGGUAUGAAGAGUUCCAGAACGAGACCAAAGUACAUCCGAAGCCCAAAACAAUCCUAAUCAAGGAAACAAGAUCUUACUGCACAUUCCGUUGCAAAGUCGCAAUAGCUGAUGGAUUCCUCUUCAAAGAACACUCUUGAUUGUCUCAAAGGUUAUGGUACCUGAAAUGUUUCACCAGAUCCAAAGGAGUCCCUUGGAAUGGUCAAAUGCAGCCGAAGAGCCAAGGAGGAACUAUUUUGGUCUGGAAUAUCCCUAGAGGUGGAGCAAAUGGUCACCAAUAGUAGCGUGUGUCCAGAUUUUGCCAAGAACCACGCUACGGAGCCAGUGAAAUUUGCUGUACCACCAUCAACUCUUUGGAAUAAGAUAGAACUGAUCUGUUUGAUUUUCAAGGGGAACACUAUUAACUUUCCUUGUGCUAUCGCAUCAAGUUCACAGAUAUUACCGAGAUGAAGUGUUUGAAAAGCAUUGUUGUAGUAGAAGAG